AUGGCUUCCACCAGUCUUAGUGGUACUUCCAAGUCUGAUGAUCGGCAGCAUUAUCCAGACACAGAAGCAGCUCAGAAAAAGCAAAGUGGUGAGUCGUCAUUGUCAUCAAGCUCUAAGCAAAUGAAGUACAUACCAUUUGUGGUUCUAGGCACAAUUAUGGUGAUGAGUGCAACAAUGGGUUCGAUUUGGGCAGCAGUGAAACCAAAACGCCCUGUUUAUGCUAUCGAAUACGUUCAUAUUACAGAGACGGACCCCCUCCUUGAUAACACAUAUCUCACUGGCAACUUCAACUUCGUCAUGAGGUCGUAUAAUCCCAACAAGAAGUCCAACAUAUACUAUAAAUCAAUGGAGAUUUACAACAGUUACAGUGAAAAUGAAACUCCUACUUCAGUCAAGCAUGUAGAAGAUUUAUCUCAACCUCCUUUCAAUGUGACUCGGAUUAGUUUCAUAGUUCCGUUACAUAUCUCGACCGGGCCUCGUGGUAAUGUUGUUGAGUACCUACAGCACGGCAGAGUCACAUUAAACAUUUCGGCCGAGGCAAAGAUGAGAUUUGAGUAUAGAUGGUGGAGAUUUAUGCCUCGCACUAUUAAGAUUUAUUGUCAGCCUGCGGCUGUAUUGCUGGGAGACAAUUCUCAGCCCACUGAUUGCUAUGUUAAUUUUUAA